GCAAAUCUGCAUAACCUCCUCGAAAGAUCUGCCACCGCUACACUGCUAUACUGUACUCAGUAUACUGUAGUCUCGCAAGCCUCUUUCUGGGUCUGGGUCCACAAGACUAUGGCUACUGGUGGUGGACACGGUGUCGACAGUGGAGAGGCAUCGCCACUAGAUGAGAUGUGUGAUGAACUGUUACCAUUAUAUGAUAAACUCUAUGAUGCUCGUACUAAGUGGUUUGAUAUUGGAUUGAACCUGAACAUCAAUAAUGACGACUUGAGUGCGAUAAACGUAUUAAACAGCAAACCCCCUGAAAUAUGUCUCCGUGAAAUGCUGACUGAACGUCUGCACUCUGGUGGUCCCCUCUCAUGGAGGGAUGUGUGUGACUGUCUCCGAUCUUCAACCGUGAAACGUAAUGAUGUGGCGGAGAAGAUUGAGGAGUGGAGAAUAGGAAUGAUGAGCAAAAAGCAGUCUAAAUUUCCGUCUCCUUUAUCAGAAACUGGCCUAAUAGGCUCAGAUUGCUCAAGCCUGGAUGACCAAGUUAAACACCUGGAGGAGAUCUUUAAUUUGCUAACUAACGAAGGGUAUCGACGAAUUAAGAAAUCUGGCAUUAGUGUAGAAGAUUUCUAUGCUAUUAUAACGAGCAUGAGUGUAUCGUUAAAACACAUUGCAGGAAAUUAUGUUGAAGAAUGCUUUGAGAAAGCAAACACGCUCGCAAAGAUGUGGGGCAAGUUAAAUCAAUUCUGGGAUUUCUUAAACUAUGAGCUCUUCCAACAUGUGGUUCGAGUUAUGUUCACUGAAGCAGGCGAUCCUUUGCUGAGGAAGCUAGCCGAGUACGAAAGUGAAAGGGAAACAUUUCUAAAUGAAACGAAACUUUGCGAUUUUGUUGACCAUUGGCCGUUUUUAAUCGCAAAGCCAAAGAAACGAUCAAUAGUUAAGUUGAAACGAAUAGUCGUUAAAGUAUGCAAAGAAUGGAAAGACUGUACUUUGUAUGAUGUGAAGACAACUAACAAACUUUUUUCAAAAGGAUUUUCCUUACCUCAAGAAUUUAUGCUUGUGGCAGGUGGUAUCAAGAGCAGUGUCUCCAUCAUCUUAUACGUCCCUCCUUCUCUGGCCUACUCAAUAGAGGAACAGGUGAAGCAAGGAAAAGAAUUUAAUUUCUUAGCAGACAACGGCUUUCUAUCUAUCACCAUCGAUGGUAUCCAGGUCUACCCCCUGAGGCAGGCCUCUCUACAAGAUGAUCUCAAUGUCAAGGAGCUGCCCCCUGAUUCUGCAAGCAAAUCUCCGACAGCUUCACAGCCUCAUGCAGCUGCCUGCAAGACAGAGGGGAUGCAGAUGUUUUGUACCACUGGCGAUGAGAAAUUGGAGCAGGUUGACCCAGCUGAUGCCUCCAACAUCCCAAUAGAUGCUCAGGGUGGGGUGGCACGAUACCAUUUACUGUGGGAUGUGGAGCAAAUUCCUAAGCUGAAGAUACAUUUCUUGAAUGACGACAUCCUUGAGGACGAGCACUGGAAAUGUGGGCAUGCGGGUCCAUUAACAGUUGACACUAUCCUGGCUUGGGCUGCUGUCUGGAAUAGCCAUGCUGACAACUACCCACAGAUUGCUGAGGGACUAGCAACAAAGGAAAAAGCCCAUAUCCGUGUGGAAUUUCGAAGGAAAGGGAUCUCAUGGUCAAAGGUUGGAACCGCAGCCACCUGGGAAACUGACAAGAAGAAACCAACGAUGGUGCUCAACUUGUAUGGCAUGGCAAAAGCUGACCAGCGAAGCAUGGUAAUUCAUGAGUUUGGUCAUGUUCUGGGACUGGAUCACGAGCAUCAGCGAUCUGACUUCUGGGAUGUGCUGGAAUCAAAAGAUGAGGAUGAAGAAUAUCGAUUUAUUAUUGGGAAAAGACGAAUGAAGAGUGGAGAUGGUGGGCGUUGCCAGCGAGCUUGUGAUGCAGUGUUCAGAGCUAAGCUGAAGGAGCCAUCCGGAAGAAAAGAAUCCUGUUACGAUUCUGACAGUAUUAUGCACUAUUGGUUUGACAAAAACUGGUUGUUGCCGGAGUAUCAGGAAAGUGCGAAUGUGGCUAAGGUUAAGAAUGAGCGGGAGAGGAAGGUGCUAUUGGGAGUUCAUAAACGUGACCACAACAAUGGGAAUUUGGCAGAAAAUCCAUCCAAGCUGGACUAUGAGACAUUGAAUAGGGCCUAUGAAAUACCAAGUGGGCUACCCCCACCUGAUGCUGCUGCUGCUCCUCCAACGGUAACCACUGCCAAGUACACAAAGCCUGAAGAAGACCAGCCAACAAAACCCAAAGUUCAGACUGAACCAACUGCAGCUCAGUUGAAUCAACAGUGUUCUAAUGACGCUCUUCUCCAGUUGUCUACCAAGAUUGCUGACUAUAACGGUUUCAAAGUCAGGCUGGGCCUCAGUGAUGCUGAAAUUAACGCUAUUGAUCUGACGAUUAGUGAUAUUCCAGGAAGGUUUUAUACUGCUCUGAAAAGGUGGAAGAGUAAAGGCAUGUUUGAUUCGACAGCUACUUAUGGUCGAUUAAUGGAAAUCGCUAAGAAGAAGGAGGAUGGAGAGGCAUUUCAGAGUAUUCUAAGUGCCUGUAUUGAGCAUGCAAGCCCCUGAGAGUACGUAUACUUGAGGAAACAAGACCUGCAACGGACAGUUAUUAUUUUUAUAUUUGAAUGCUCUUCAUAUUUUUUCUAGUUAUGUACUUUAGCAAGAUAAUUAUAUAGUUGUGUUGAAAAGUUAUAAACUGAUCCAUAAUAAUACCUUCAGCCAAUUUUUUGGCGCUGAGAACACAUAGGUAUAUAUAUAAUAAUUAUGCUAAACUUAAUGUAAUGAUCUUUACCAAAAUACAACUAUACACAUAAUCACAUCAUGCAUGACAUAAUUGCAUUCAUUUGGUAAUUAUGUGACAGCACAUGUAUCCAUUAAUUAUGUAUGAUCUUGAACUUGUGCAACUGCAUGCAUGCAUGUAUAGUGUGCCCCCCAUGCAUGCACUGCUGCUAUAAUAUUCGCCAUUCACCCAAUGCCCAACCUGAAGGUGAGAAAUGCUAUAGACACAUACACUGCAUGGUCUUUAUAAGAAAGCGAGGCACUUUUACUUAUUUCACCAUUUUUGUAUAGUUUAAACAACACACUGCGACUGCAGUGAGUCAAAAGUGCUCAGAUGAAGCUCCUUCCCAGUUGUCUACCAAGAUUGCUGGCUAACAAAUACGAAUACCUGUUGGGCCUCAGGGAUAUUGAGAUUGAGGAUCAGAAUCCCUAGACAUUUUGUUCCAAGGAAAUGUUAUGCUGCCUUAAAGAAAUACAAAUAAUACCAUUGAUUUCGAUAUAAUUAUAUAGUCCAUCAAAAUCAACGGCUACUUACAGUCGUUUAGUGGAAAUCGUCGGGACAGACGGAUACUAUUCAUGAGGCCUGCGCCAUUUAUAAAGGUUCUUGAGAUGAGGUCACAAUUAACAUACUGCAGUGGGACAGUUCUUAUUUUAAAUCCAUUAGCGAGCACAUCAUUUUUUUUUUAGUUGAGAAAUUUCGUGGUGCAUACAGUAAUUUUGCUUAUUCAUAAAAAUGUCAUAUAGACGCCAUAAUUAUAAUAACGUGUCAUACGCUAUUCGGCAUGAUGCCGAUCUGCAAAUGAAUUAUUAUGUAUAAUGCUGUGCAGACAUGCAUGCUAGAAAAUUAACUCAUGCAGGGUCAACAACAGGCCUAACUCAGAGGUACUAGGUCACAACCACCAUAAUUAUAUGCACUGCAAGCAAUUUGUACAGGUGGGUGGGGCUAGGGGUGGAUCGAGGGAUACAAAGGAAGUGCAUGACUGCUGAUCAAAGAGUCACUAGAACUGUUUGCUGUGUGAGCCAGUACGUAGCCCAGUAACCAUUGCCAAGCCAGUGAACCUAAUCCCUGAACAUUCCUGUACAUUUGGAUUUACUAGAAAACGAUGGCUGCACUCACACUCGACGAUUUGAUUCAGGAAACUAAAGUAACAGACGCUCAAUUGGGACUGAAAUGUACUGUAAAGCACUUGAAGGAACUUGCACCAUCUGUCGGAAACUACCCCAAAUUUGCCUCUGCAUUCAACUUGUCCGGUGGUGACCUAUCUGAUAUUGAAACUGAUCUCAAAUUGUCAUACACCUCAAAAACAGAGCGAGUGUUUCUAUGGUGGAGUAAAAAUAUCAAAAAUCCGACCUAUUUGUCGUUUGUACGAUCAUGCCUCUACCUCAAGGAAGGCGGCUUAGCACGUAAAAUGUGCAUACUCUGUCAAGAAUCAUCACCGGAGGAGGAGCUUCAUUGCAAAAGCGAAAUUGCAGAACGACCGUCCUCUGAUCCCGUUGUUCUGACUCAAGAUGAUAUUCUAACGAUUUGUGAGAAGCUGAAGAGUGCAAGCAAAGAUUGGUUCAAUUUAGGAUUGGCUCUCAAAGUGAAAUUUACCGAUUUGAAAAAUAUCCAAGAUCAAUACUCUGAUAAUAAUCGCCGCCUAGCGGAGGUGGUUGGCAAGCGUGUUGAAGCCACUGAUCCAGUCACAUGGCCUUACAUAUGUAAAUGUCUAAGGAAUUGUGUGGUUGAACGUAACGAUCUAGCCAAUGAAAUUGAAAAAUUAGGACUUUGUGACUAGCUAGUAUUCAAAAUGUUGUUUCCACAAGCCACUAGACACUUUUCGUACAACUCUAGUUUUGUUUACAUGUAGUUUUUACAUUUGUACCAAUCAUUAAUCAAUGUGCAGAUACUGUGUUUAUA